AUGUCUGAGGAAGCAGCCGUCCAACAGGUAGCCGAAAAUGUGGCCAACCUUCACCUAGAUGAGGUAACCGGGGAGAUGGUUUCCAAGUCGGAAUUGAAGAAGCGUAUCAAGCAACGUCAGGUCGAGGCCAAGAAGGCUGCGAAAAAGGCCACGAGCAAGCCUAAGCCAGAGCCAAAGAAAAAGGUGGAGAACAUGGCCGAUCUAGAUCCAUCCAAGUACUUUGAGGCACGUUCUCGGCAGAUUCAGGAGCUGCGGAAGACGCAGGAGCCCAACCCAUAUCCGCACAAGUUCAACGUGACUAUCGGACUGCCAGCGUUCUUGAAUAAAUACGCCCACCUACAGCGCGGAGAGACUUUGCCCGAGGAGCGCGUGUCGAUUGCCGGUAGAAUUCAUGCUAAGCGUGAAUCCGGCUCGAAGUUGCGGUUCUACGUUCUUCACGCCGACGGUGUGGAAGUCCAGGUCAUGUCCCAGCUGCAGGAUUACCAUUCUGAGGAGGCCUACGAGCAGGACCAUGGUUUGUUGAAGAGAGGUGAUAUUGUGGGUGUGGAGGGAUACGUCGGCAGAACGCAGCCAAAGAAGGGUGGUGAAGGUGAAAUUUCUGUUUUUGUUUCGCGCAUUCAGCUAUUGACGCCGUGCUUGCACAUGCUGCCAGCCGACCACUUUGGCUUCAAGGACCAGGAAACAAGAUACAGAAAGAGAUACCUGGACUUGAUCAUGAACAAGGACGCCCGUGGACGCUUUAUCACCAGAUCCAAAAUCAUCACCUACAUCCGCAAGUUUUUGGACAACAGAGACUUCAUUGAGGUGGAGACGCCAAUGAUGAACGUCAUUGCUGGCGGUGCUACUGCUAAGCCAUUCGUUACCCACCACAAUGACUUGGACAUGCAGAUGUACAUGAGAAUUGCCCCCGAGCUAUUUUUGAAGCAGCUAGUUGUGGGCGGGAUGGACAGAGUCUACGAAAUCGGCCGCCAGUUCAGAAAUGAGGGUAUCGACAUGACUCACAACCCUGAGUUUACCACCUGUGAAUUCUACCAAGCAUAUGCCGAUGUGUAUGAUCUGAUGGACAUGACUGAAUUGCUCUUCUCCGAGAUGGUUAAGGAAAUAACCGGUGAUUACAAGAUCAAGUUCCACCCAGAUCCAAACGACCCUAGCAAAGAAUAUGACAUCAACUUCGCUAGACCUUGGAAGAGAAUCAACAUGAUUGAGGAACUUGAGAAGAGGUUCAAUGUCACAUUCCCAGCAGGAGACCAAUUGCACACUGCUGAGACAGGAGAGUUCUUGAAGAAGAUCCUCUCUGACAACAAGAUGGACUGCCCACCUCCACUAACCAAUGCGCGUAUGCUGGACAAGCUUGUAGGCGAACUUGAGGACACUUGCAUUGAUCCAACAUUCAUUUUUGGUCACCCACAAAUGAUGUCGCCAUUGGCUAAGCACUCGAGAGACCAGCCAGGUCUUUGCGAGCGUUUCGAAGUCUUCGUGGCCACCAAGGAGAUCUGUAACGCUUACACCGAGCUAAACGAUCCUUUCGACCAAAGAGCUCGUUUCGAAGAGCAGGCUAGACAAAAGGACCAGGGUGACGACGAGGCACAGUUGAUUGACGAAACAUUCUGCAACGCACUUGAAUACGGUUUGCCACCAACUGGUGGAUGGGGAUGUGGUGUUGACAGACUGGCGAUGUUCUUGACCGACUCUAACACCAUCAGAGAGGUUCUUCUCUUCCCAACUUUGAAGCCAGACGUACUAAAGGAGGAUUUGAAGAAGGAAAACUAG